GCGAUCAAACCCACAAAACCCUACGAGAGAGAGAGAGAGAGAGAGAGAGAGAGAGAGAGAGAGAGAGAGGGGCCAAAAAAUAUAAAAUAAAAAAAAGAUUGCUAGGGUUUAGCAGAGAAAUGGCGGAAGAGACUGUAGCAGAGCUCCUAAAUACAAACUUGGAGGGAGCCGAUGUGCCCGGCGAGGACAUGGAGCUUGAAACCCUAGAAAAUGGCCAAGAAGACACUAAGGGAGACGGGGAUGGCGGUUCUGGCGCUGUAGCCAAUGGAGCCGAACCACCAGCCAAUGGCGAGGCAAACUCGAAGCGGGCUAGAGAGGAGGAGGAGGAGGAGGAGGAGGAAGAAAACAACGGCGUUUCGAAGAAGCAGAAGGUUGAGAAGUCUGUGGAAGAGGAUAGGUUGGAGAAGCUGGGAGGAGGAGGAAGUGGAGGAAAAGAAGGGGAAAAUGGUGAUGAUGGAUCGGUUCGGGUAAAGUUGGGUCCGAAGGAAUUCGUGUCGUCGGUGGAGAUGUUCGAUUAUUUCUUUAAGCUUCUGCAUUUCUGGCCUACCAAUGUUAACAUUAACAAGUAUGAGCAAAUGGUUUUACUGGAUUUGCUUAAGAAGGGUCAUGCAGAGCCAGAUAAAAAGAUUGGUGGAGGGAUUAAAGCUUUCCAAGUUCGAUUCCAUCCAACCUUCAAAAGCAGGUGCUUCUUCCUCCUUCGGAAUGAUGAAACGACUGAUGAUUUUAGCUUCAGGAAAUGUGUGGAUCGUAUACUCCCCUUGCCAGAGCACAUGCAAAUAAAAUCGGAUGCCAAUAGAGGCUUAAGUGGUGGUGGUGGUAAGGGCCGUGGUGGAAGAGGAGGUGGACGUGGCCGAGGCAGAGGGGGUAAGUCAAGAAACUGAAGAAACUGAAGUAUCAACUUUAACUCACCGGUGGUGGAUUUACUUUUGAAUUAUAGAACUGUCAAGGAAAGAUCGUGACUGGUUUCUUUCUUCGCACUUAUCAAAGCUAAAACUGCUGCAUUAUCCUAAUUUUGACUACCUAUGGCUUCUCUUUAUGUUGAAAAUCAUCAUCCUCAUAUCCUGGGUUCUUUCCCUCAUAUCUUUUGGUUAUAAUAUUUUGUAUAAAGGGUAUUAUCAUAUAUGGUUCAUAACCAACAUCGCAUGAAUUUUUUAUGUAAAAUGUUCUGGUGUAAACUGAGGAUGCUGAACUUCGGUUUAUGGCCAGGGUUCAAAGUUUGAAUCCCAUACCAUCAUCAUCUGGAAAAGAAAGUCAAAAGGCCUAUAACAAAGAGUUCAGUUUUUGUACGUCCAAAUAAGGAAUUGAAAUUAUAUGUGGCUAUGAAAUAUAAGUUUGUUAUAAUA